AGGAGUCAUACACAUCUCUCAAGAUCUACUAUCUACUCGAUGAACCAACACUCAAGAGCAGAUGCCAGAGUGGGGCAGAUUUUGCUGCUGACUAACAUUAUACUAGUCGAUCCAGCCACUUGCGAAAUCCGGUCUUCAGAGGCGUGAGUGGAGCAAAACUUAUAACCCAAAGUGGCAGGCCAGAUAGCAUCCGGACUUCGGUGGCUGUUAUUGGUACAUUUCGGCUUCCUCCGAACGAGGGGCGGCGGGGUUAGCUAUGGAGGCUGAGAUAGCACAAUUGUCCACAAAGAUGCAGCUGCUGCUCCCGUAUUCUCUCUUGCUAACCGUCGACCCAUAUCCUUACUUUACUCUGUGACAUCAUGUCUGAGCAGACGAUUCCGAACACGCAGACGGUAGCCUGGGUCGAGAACCCCAGCCCAAGCUGUGUCCUCCAGAUCCGCCAUGACGUCGAAGUCCAGCAGCCCGCCGCCAACGAAGUCCUUGUGAAGCUGGAGUGCUCGGGUAUCUGCCACUCUGACUGCAUGAGUGUCGAGGUGCCUGGGAAAUACACCCCAGUCCCUGGCCACGAAGGCGUCGGGUACGUCGUGAAGCUGGGUCCCGGCGUCUCGCAAGACUUGAUGGGCAAGCGUGUGGGUGUCAAGUGGCUCUACAGCGCCUGCAAUAAAUGCACAAGCUGCAGGAAGGGGAGGAUUAACCACUGCGCCAGUCAGCGCAACACCAGCCGGAGUGUGUGGGGCACACUGCAGCAGUAUGUAGUCGCGGACGCCGACUUCGUCACCCACAUCCCCGCUGGCGUCUCGAGUGAGGUCGCCGCGCCGCUGCUCUGUGCUGGUCUCUCGCUCGCAGGCGCAGUGUCGAAACUCACGCCAGAGGUUCAGCCCGGCGAAUUCGUUGCCAUCAUAGGGGCAGGCGGCGGGCUAGGACACAUCGGCGUGCAGAUUGCGACCAUCAAGGGAUACAAGGUCAUUGCCAUUGAUGGUGGCAGCGAUAAGGAGAAGCUGUGCAAGGAGAUGGGUGCUGUGGCCUUUGUCGAUUACACGAAGCAGGACGUCGUGCAGACAGUGAAAGAUCUGACGGAUGGGGAAGGUGCGCAUGCCGUCAUCUGUGUUGCUGGCAGUGAGAAAGCAUACCUCCAGGCGCCGUCGCUUGUCCGAAAUUUCGGCGUCUUCGUCUGCGUUGGUCUGCCUCCGGACAGCUUCAUGUUCCCAAUGAGUCCAAUACACAUUGCGAAUCGAGGCCUGGUAAUCAAAGGCUCCUCAACAGGUACGGCCGCGCAGAUGGAUGAGCUGCUCCAGCUCGCCUUGCAAGGAAAGAUUACGCCCAAGAUCGAGGUCUAUGACUUCGCUGAAUCGCCCAAGAUCAUCCAAGAGCUACAGCGAUUCGAGGUAACAGGUCGUAAGGUUGUGCGUGCGCCUUGAUUACCGACUCGAUUUGGCUCUGUCUGUGUAGGAUUUCCGGGUAUGCACUGCAUUGGAGUUGGUUGGUGUGUUGACGGUGGAUGCGGUCCAGAAAAGACGGCGCACUUGUGA